CAACAUCCACCUCGAUCCCUCUGAUACACCUCAUCUGACCUCUCGUUGACCACCUAACAAACCACUUCACAAUGGCCAUACCAGCCCAGAAUGCGAGCAAAUACAACACCUACGGAGCCAUUACCCGCCUCACCCUUCGCAUCCUACAAUUCACAUUCGCCAUCGUCGUGGCCGGGAUCUACGGCGCCGACCUCGCACAUGCAACCAAAAACAACGCCCACGCCCACGCCGAGUGGAUAUACGCGGAAUUCGUGGUGAUCGUGUCCGCGCUUACCGCGAUUGCAUAUCUCCUCGCACCCAGGAUCCACGGCGCCUGGGCGGUCUGGGAUGCUGUAAUCGUCGUCCUCUGGGUGGCGCAGGCCGGGGUGUUCGGGACCAUUUUCACAGCUGAUGUAAACAGUGGAUAUGAAGAGGCUACGCUCUCGGUGGCUCGGAUGAAAGCGGCUGUCUGGAUCGAUCUGAUGAAUUUGUUUCUGUGGCUUGCGACGACUAUCCUGGGUAUUGUGUGGGGUGUGCGAGGGCGUCGGCGUGCAGGUCGGGCUCACAAGGGCCGUGAAGGGAGGGAGGACGAAGAACCUGUGCUGAAGGAUGGUGGUGAUAUGGAGAAGGGAUUGGUAGAUGCGGAGGACAACGACUGGUCGGAUUGGAUGGAUGAGAAGAGCAGUCCGGGCGACGAGAAAGGGGAGAAAUCUGAUAUCGGGGGGGAGGCGAAGCGUUCGUUGGGAUUCUCGCAAGGACCAGCCAUUGCUCCAGAGAAUCAAGAAUCUAAAGACCGGCAAUAGCUCAG